AAAAAAAAAAAAAAAAAUGAGAAAUGAGAUUAUCCUCUGGGCUUAUCCGGGGACUUGAAGAGUUAGGGUUGGUUGGUUGGUUGGUUGGUUUGCGAUGGAUGUUUGCUGUUAAUAAGAAGAGGCUGUCCACACUCGACGUCACAGCUGAAAGAUUUGUUAAUUUAGUGCUCGACUAUUCUGGAGUCCAGUCCUGGUCUUUUGACUUGAUUUUGAAAUGCUCCUCAAGUCCCUGGACCGCAAAUGAUAUCGUCAACGAUAUACUCGAGAGACAAUGUUGUUGUCGAAAAAGGAUCGUCAUCCUCAAGUACCUCGUCACGGAGGCUUAUGCACCUGAGACAAGGUUGUUUGCAAGGUAUAUUCCAACCCCAUCACACAAAAGCUGAAGGCUAAGAGGGCUACACGAAAUGCCACUUGCAGCGAUGGUGAAGAAACCCCGAAGUUCGUCGGAUGCACCGUUGACGGGCGGCGGAUUCAGUCACCGUUUGUAUGUAGGUACAGUACCGUCCUGUACCUCGACUACGUAAGGUAGGUAAGUGAGUACCUGGGCAGACGAGACUGGAGGGUGGCCACGACGUGUUACUUGGUUACGUAUGUUCUGUAUGUGGUCUUGGUAUCGAGGGAAAAAGCAAGAAGGUCAACAACGCCAUCCUUGACACUCAAUGGCCGAGUUUCGAGAAUAGAGACAACAACAGAAUCUCUCUCCGCUGCAUGUUUGUCCGGUGGGGGAACUCGAUGAAUGGAGAAAACAAUUGGGACAACCAACCAAGCCACCAACCCUUGAAAGGCUGAAAGAAAAUGGCUUGCAGUCCUCAGUGUUCUCAUGACUCAAACCGUGCAAACUUUUUGAUAGGUUUGUCUGCUCUUGGUACUUUGUACAUGUUCCCUCUUUACAUUAGUGCUGUGGCUUUCUUUUUUGAUGGCGGGGAAGGGAAUGAGGAAUGACGUUGAACAGAAUGACGAGUAAGAUUAACGACCAUCUACGGAAGAGGAAUAGUUGUCUAUCGCUGAAAGACGGGGACCACAAUUAAUCGCCGCUCCGAUGUCGAAACAACAUAGGUUAAACAAGGAUCGAGUUUUUUGUACUAUCAAUCGAGAAAUUGGCUUUAUUUUCUCCGAUACUUUCCUCAAUUACCACUCAGGGAUACAUCAGCUGCCAUCCAUUAUAAUCCAGUGUUUCAAGAUGAGGAAUAACUUCUACAGAUCAUACAGUACUGUUGUACCCCG